AUAUUUAUCGUUUAGAAUGUUUUAUUUGCUUUUAUAUUCUCGAAUGUGGAGGAGCGAUAUCAAAAUUGUAACUUCAUUUUAUAUCUUGUCCAAGUGUCAGCUUUACAAACAAUUUUAAUUUGAUUGUAGGUUUACUGUUUCGUUUGUCACACAUGCAAGUGGCUAAAUAGAGCAAAGGAUUUGUUUUCAACCCCAAAACCAAAAUUUAUACAAAAAAGAAGAUGGAUUUCUCAAUUAAAUUAGUUUUUUUGUUAAUCCUCUUUGAACCAACGCUACAACAAAGUUGCGAUGUAUUCUUCAUAAUUGAUGGCUCCAACGUCAUAACUGACAAUGCACGUUCGGGAGAUCGUUUGCAGCAAUGGUACUCGAUCAGAACCAUCGUCGCAGAUGUUUUGCAGAAUUUGACCAACUUCAACGUAGCUAUCUCUAUAUACGCCGAUAAGGUUUGGCAAGUAGCGACGUAUCCGACACCUGGACCACAAGCUUCACUGAUUAUGAAAUCUCUCGACUUUCUUGGGGGACAGUUUGCUGUUGGUGCUGCAAUAAAGUGGACCAGAGAAAAUGUUAUCACGCCUAACAAACAAACUAACGCAAACAUAGCGUGUUUUCUGCUGGCAACCUAUCCACCGUUUGGCAAUGAUCUGAUUGUAUGGAAUACCGAGAAAAAUCUUUUAAGAGGCAUCUGUGGAAAAUUAAUCGUUUUAGCGAUCGGAAGAAUUGAUUUGGAAAACGUUUACAAAAGUAUUGCGACAUCAUCUGACAGUUUCUUGAGAAUAGAUUUUACAAAUUUAUCAGAAAACAAAGCAAUUGGAAGUUUCAUGCUCAACCAAAUUCUGUCUGCUUGUCCCUCUCGUCCAACGUCAGCUACUUUCUCGACAAUAACUACAACUACGUUGAGGCCAGCGCAAG